CAUCGAUCCCGAUGAUGUUAGGAUGUUUGAGGAGGGUAUUACCCACUCGGUGGUUUGUGUAGGAGGGCCGACCCGUAUUCUUGAGAUUUCUUCAGAUGUUAAUCUCCCGGGGGACACGGAGGAUCUGGUGCCACAGUUUGACAUUUUAUGUUCUGCUACCGAGAACGAGGCUCUCCGGAAUGUUCCUGAUGUCGAUUUGAUGAAUGAGGUGGCCGCUUUGGGUUUGAGGACGUACAUGGUGGAAGUGGAGAGUAUGCGCAGGGCCGACAUUCGGGCCAAGUUUUUCUUGAAGAUGUUGGAAAAGUAUCGAUGCUAUCGCAACAAGUGCCGUGAGAUGCACGAACGACUGAGGGAGAAUCCUGGUGCUCGAUCCCUCGGCGAAGAAUUGGAGAAGAGAGAUCUGCAGUUGAUGGAGGCCAUUCGCAAGAAUAGUGUGCUCGAAGAGCAACUUUGCAUGAAGGAUGAAGAGCUCGAGGUGGAAAGGGGGUGGCUGCAGAGUGUGACUAUCUGCAGGGGAGGCUAAGGUCAAUGCAUGCCGAAA